AUGUCAACAUGGAUAAAUAAAAAGUUAAUAUCAUUUUCAGAAAAAUUGAUUGAAAAUGUGAUUGAUUCUUUUACUAAUAAGAAUGCUCCUAUAGAAAAUAUUCAAAAUAUACAAGGUGUAAGAAAAAUAAUCAGCAAAGUUAUUUCGUCGAAAUAUUUUUUUAAAAAUGACGAUAUAUGUUACAAUGCAAAUAACUUAGAUUUUAAAUGGUAUUUCAAAAAAAAGAAAAAGAAAAAAAAAAAGAAGAAAAGGGUUGAAGAAAUAACAUAUGAAGAAAGCAAAAAAAAAGAUAGCAAUAAUAACAAAAAUUAUAAACACAAUGAAGAGAAUAACAAUUCUAAUGAUAUAAAUUAUUUAAAAAUAGAUGAAUCUUAUUUAUCUCCAUCUUAUUUAUUAAAUUCUAAUAAGGAAAAAAAAAAAAAGAAAAAUAGGAAGAGUUUAUUAAUAGAAAAAGAUAAAUGCCACCUUCAUCAUAAUAUUUCAAAUGAGUCUCCUAAUAAAAUAGCAUCAUUAAAUUCUAAUGUAGUAUCAUCUUGUUGUUCACCUUUUUUUACAUCUAAUUGUUCUUUUAAUACUUCAAGUUUAUCUUCACAAUCUAAAUCUAAUUCUAUUUCUUCUGAGUUAAAUGCUUCUUCAAUAAAUAUCCCAUCCUCUUUUUGCUCUUCAAAUUCUGAAAAGUAUCCUACAAAUAUAAAUGAAAAUUCGUCAAAUUCUAACAUUUUUGAAGAAAAUAAAGAAAGUUAUUGUAUGAGAAAGGAAAGUAGUUUAUGUAAAAUAAAUUUAUUUAUUAAAGAAGCAAAAUUAUUAUUUUUUAACAAGAAUGUAAGCAUCAGUGAUGUAUCUAUAUAUGUAACAACUAUAUUAGAAGAUAGAAAAUAUGUUGGUAAAUUAAAAAAAUUGAGUUCAAGAACAUUACCAAUGAAUAAUUUGGUAAUAAAUGAAUAUAUUAAUCAUAAUGUAAAAGAUAUAUUUACUGAUAUCGUAAUAAAUGUGAAGUAUAAAAAUAGAAAAAAAGAAAAAGAAGAUAUUGUUUUAGGAAGAGUUAUUAUACCAUUAUUUUUACUUUUAAAUACUUAUAAAUGCAAAAUUAAAAAAAUUAAAAAUAAAAUGAAAUAUUGCAUGAAAUGUUUUUUAUGGUUACAUAUAUUCCCAUGUAAUAAUAAAUUAUUUAAUUAUAAGUUUUUUAAACCAAUAGAAGGAUUCGAAGAAUAUGGGAUGCUAAAUCCCUUGUAUACAUUGGGUUUUUUAAAUAUUAAAAUUAAAAUAAUUUUUAAAAAAAAUCCGUUUUUUUUAACGUUUUUUAGUAAUAUAAGGAAGCCACUUUUUUAUUAUAAAUUACCUCUUCAAUUUGAACCGCUUUAUUGCCAAUAUUAUAGUGAAAAUUUUUAUGUUUAUCUCACUCAUUUACCUCUUUGGUUAUAUAAAUUUUUUUAUAUCUUUAAUCCCAAAAGAAUUGAAAAGAUACAAUUAAAUUAUUUUGAUUUGAUUUUUAUCUUUCUUUUUUGGUUAUUUUUAUUUCGAUUGAUUGUUUUUUCCCCUUUUUGUCUUAUAUUUGUUCAUAUAUUUUUCUGUAUUUUAUUCGUUUCAUUAUCCUAUAAAUAUGGAAUGGUAGAUUAUCACAAAAAUAUUUUUUAUAAUUUUCGUCCGAUCAAAGUUAGAAAAAAUAAAAUUUUGCAUGAACAAAUUAAAUCAAAAAUUGAAAAUAAGAACGUACAUUUUUAUGAUAAAGAAAGAGAAAUAUCCAUAUAUAGAAUUGAAAUAGAUUCUAAUUAUUGCAAGUAUCUAUGUGAUAGUGAAAAGGUAGGAGAAAGUAAUAAAGAAGUCUCUAACAUGUGUACACAAAAUGAAAAUGUAUCUAACUGCAAUUUAAAUAUAUGUGAUUCGGGAAAAUUAUUUUUAUCGAAAGAUGAUAUAAAAAGUGAUUUAAAAGAAAAUAAAAUGGAAAAUAUUUCAAACACUGAAGAAAAAUAUAAAUUGAACAAAAAUAAUGGCGUAAAUGAUAUUGGUAAAUACAAUAGUGCUAAUUAUAAUUAUGAUUAUGAUAACAAUUUAUGUAGUAAUAGGUGCCAUGAUAUAUAUCAUGACAAUUGUAAUAGUGGUGAUCAUUUAAAUUCUAAUAAUAAUAAUAAUUCUUAUUGUAUUGAAGAAAAUAAUUUAAUGAAAGAUCUCGAUAGCACUAAUAAAGAUAAUUUAAAAAUAGAAGAAGAAAUAAAAAAAAAUGAGGAAAUUAAAUAUAAAAAUGGAUUAAAAUAUAUGGAAGAAGUAAUAGAAAAAAAAACUGAACUUACAGAAAAUAUAAAUACAAAAAAAAAAACUAAUAAUAUUAAAAAGAAAAACUUAGAUACUAUAGAAGGAAUAAGUAAUAAAAAAGCCAACAUAACAAAUUUCGCAAAAAAGAUACAUGAUAUUAUGUUCGACAAUAAAGAUAAAAAUAAUUGGAAAAGUUUUAAUAAAAAUAAAAAUUUAAAUGGAUUUAUCAGUAUAUUUAACAAAAAAAAUGGAAAAUUGCCUUCUGUAUGUACAGAAGAAAAAGGAGAAGAAGAAGAUAAAGAUGAAGAAGGGAAAUAUUUGCUUAGUGAGAAAACGAAAUUUUUAAAUGAGAAAAAUAAAGAAGAAAAAAGUAACUUAAAAAGUAGGGAAGAAACAGAUAAGGAUAAAGAAAAUGAAAAUAGUAGAAUAGAUAUAUAUGAAAUGGGUAAUAAUAGAGAAAAUACAAAUGGUGUAAAAAAUGAGUGUGAAGAUAAUGGUAGAGACUAUGAAAAUGAAAAUAUUUUUAAUUCAUCAUAUAAUAUAUCAGAUCAAAGUAGACAUGAACAUUAUAUAAGAGUAAAUGAUGAAAUGAUUCUUAACACAGAUAUUAUGAACAGUCAAACGAAUUCUCAUAAUAAUUAUAAAAAUGAAAAUAACGAUAAUAAUAUUAAUAUUCAUUCAAAUAAUUUUAGUGCUCCAUGCAGUUAUUCAAAUAAUUUAUCAGAAGUGAAAUCACCUAAAAAAAAUUUUAUUUUAGAUGCUUUUAAUAAUAACUGUUCUACUAAUGAACAAAGUAAUUUAUUUGAUAUUAAAAAAAAAUAUAUGCCUAUGCCUAUUGUUAAAUCACCUUUUCAUAAUUUUUAUUUAUGUAUGAAUUCAAUAGAUAAUAAAAAUGUUCCAAUUUUUUCUAAUAAUAGUGAUGUACCUAAAAUCCAUAUGAUUCUUAAUAGGUUAAUUACUCUAGUAACUUUGUCUCAAAAUUUUACGGGAUUAUUUACAAUGAAUUAUGAAAAAAUUAAAUAUGCUUUUAAUUGGGAUUUUGGUUUUUAUACAUCAGUAAAUUUAUUUAUUUUAUUUCUUAUAUGUUAUAGCAUGUCAUUUUUUGUGUACUUAUUAUCUCAUAUUCCAUUCGUUGUUUUCCGAUUUUUUUUUUUUGUUCUGCUUACAUUUUUAAGUAUAAAAAGCUAUGAGUUUACAGAAAAUGGGCAUAGAGCUAUUACUUAUUCUAAAAAAAAUAAAAAUAAAAGAACAAAAAAAAAUUUUUUUAAAAGAUUGAAAAUAAUUAAGAUAAUUAAAAAUAUAUUUAAAAGGAAACAUAAAUCAAAAAAAUAUAUUUUCCUGAAAUUCCUUUUAAAAAUCUAUAAAUUCUUCAAGAAAAUUGCACAAAAUUUUUUUUUGUAUAUUUCAUUUGGAAUUUUUUUUAUCAAAAAUUGGUAUAUGAGAUUAUUAAUUUUAAAAGAUAUUGACCAUAUGGAAAUAGCGAAGUUACAAGCUUUUAAAAAUUUAUACUUUUUUAUACAUAAUCGUAUGAAAAAAUCAGGAAAUACAGUCAAAUCAAAAGGAAUGAAUAAUACUAAUAAAAUAAAUGAAAUAACUAAAACUAAGACAAAGGCUUCAAAUGAAAAUAAAUCAAAUAAUAUUGAUGAAAAAAAUAAAAGUUAUAUGAAAUUUCAUAUGUAUGAAAAUUAUAAAGAUGUAGAAGCUUGUAUUUAUUCAUCAAGUGAUAAAGAAACAGUUCAUAAAGCAAAUGAAAAUGAAAAUACUGAUGAAGAUUAUGAUUCUUUAAGUCAAAUAACUGAUAAUGGAAGCAUGAAUGUUCAUGUUGAUAUUUUCUUACAUUAUUAUUUUAAAAAAAGAAAACAUGAUUUAUUCAACAAUUUUAUUAAUAUUAAUAGAAAUCAUAUGUAUAUGUAUAAGGAUAUAAACUUAUGUUAUUCUAAUGAGGAACAUAAAAUUAAUCAAUUAAAUUAUAGAGAAUAUUUUAAUAGUGAAAAUAAUUAUUCUAGUUCAUAUGACGCUAAUAAAAAAAAAAAAAUUAAGACAUAUUCUUUGUAUAUGUAA